GGGUAGCUAGUUGGAUGCGUAUACCUGCUAUUGCGCAGUUUCGAAAUAGCACAGAUCAAACAAUAUUUCAAAUGCAGAAAAAAACUACUUAUUAUUCGCCUUUUCGCAAUGGAGAACCCGUAUGAACAAACACAUAAUGCAAUCCUCGGACGAAUAAUCGACAACGUUGCUAGACUUAGUGAAGCCGUUGAGAAUCUCAAUGAAAGAUUAGAGGAAGUGAACAAGGAAAAUAGCGAUCUUGCAGUUGUUAGCCAAAUGUUUUCGUCGUACUGGUUUUCUUCACAAAUAUACCUACAGACCAAAAAGUCAUACACUGGCUCCAAAUAGCCCCUUCUUCGCUCAUUACAUCAUCCUACGCCCGGAACCACAAGCGUACACACCUUUGUCGGCAAUAAAAUUUGAUAUGCAUACGCACAUACCCC